GCUACAUUUCUGCACAUGCUCUACUUCUGUAUACAAGUGAUAAACCUCCUCAACCGGAUAUGUUGUAGAAAGAACUGACUCCUGCCACCUGGUGGUUUGAAACUGUCUUCUAUAGCAAACCGAGUUAAAGAGCUUCAUUGAGAAGAGGCCGAAUUUUAGGAUGACUGCAUUAAUCCCAAUAUUAACCACGGUCACCUUGUACCUUGGAGCAACUUUUAAUCUGCUAAAAUAUGAAAAAGCUGCCGUAGACGUCUUCAAUUUAAGCAGUCUUAGGGACAAAGUCUUGACUAUAGACCGGAGCUUCACAAGGUCCCAGUAUCGUUUAAUUGAAACAUCUUCUGAAGCUCGAGAUUUCUUGGACGUCACAGGGGACCUGUCUCUUCGUGUAAAGAGUGGCUCGGUGGAAUUUAGCGGGGCUGGAUCGUAUUUGAAAGAUAGCGAAAGUGGAGAAAACUUCGUCGAAAUGCUCGUAAAAGUCGAGCAUGAAACAGUGACGGAGACAAUUCCAUCUAACAUACAACAUUUAAGCGGAUGGCAAGAAAGGCCCAAAGAACAAGUUGGUACUCACUAUGUACGUAGUCUUGUGUAUGGAGGAGAUUUGGUGGCUUGGGUUCGGUUUAAAGCCUCUAACCGAACCGAAAAAGAAAAGAUUAAAGCAGUUGUGGCAGCGAAUCUGAAAUUUAGUGGUAACUUGGACUUAGAUGCAAAAGGGCAAUUUGAGAAAAUUCAAGAAGAACUUCAAGAGAGUUAUCGCGUGGAAAUCGAUGUGUCUGCCACCGUGCCUCCUAGGAGCCCACCUCAGACUCCACAGGAACUGAUUGAUCUGGUCCAGGAAUACCCAAGCUUAGUGAAGCAGAUCAACCAAGGAAAGGGCAAUCCUCUUCGAGCUGAGCUUGUCCCUUUAGCUAUGCUGGAUUCCAAUUACAAGUUUAAUUAUAUCGUUAACAGUGCUGUUUACGGAAUGCUUGAAGAAGUAGAGAGAAAAUUUGACGAUAUUCGAAUCAGCAAGACUGCAUUUCUUAAAUGGAACUACAAUAGACCACCAGAUGCUACUGAGGAAAAAGAGAAGAUGGUUAUCAAAUAUUACGAAGAGCUCGAGAAUGCUGACAUUGUUUUUCGGUCGACCAUAGAGAACCUGGACACUUCUUCUAACGGAGAUUUGACCCAGUUCAAUAAAGCUUUUUCUGUGUAUGGAGCAGGAUCUUCAAACACUCCAAAUAAGUACAUACGUAACCUGUGGAAAUUAAGACAUGAAGUUACUGAAGAAGAAUAUGUGUGGGAGAAACCUACUGGAACGGGAACCACAUUCACUCACUGGGGUAAAAGUACGUGCAGUGAACAGUCGAACCUCGUUUAUACAGGAUUCGCUGCGGGUGCGCCCUCUAAAUCCAUGGCCAGUGGAGGAAACUACCAAUGUCUUUCAAGUGUUUUUAGCACUUCUAGAAUAUUAAAAGGAAAGCUUGCCUACCUUAGAGGUGUACUGCGCGAGGAGGCAGAUACUGAUACAGUACACGGGAUUUUAUGUUCUACCUGUCUUUUGAAACGUUCUUUGGGUACAAAGAUCUUCGUGGGGCGUACUUCUUGUCCUGAAAAUUGGGACCUGGAGUAUUCAGGUUUCAUAAUGACUCCCAAGUUCGGCUUUCAGCCUGCCGAGAUGAUGUGUAUGGACGAAAAACCUAGUCCAAAUAAUGUUCUUAAAGAUAAUGACUCCAUUGUCCUUUCCCACAUUAGUGCUGAGUGUCAGAACUGUAAUUCAAGAAAGUUUGUUGCCUGCGUCGUUUGUUCUCAGUAGAAACAAAUAAAAUGUCAUUGGAUGCUUAUUUGUCCACUCUA